AUGUCGAACAAAAAAGCGAAAAAGCUACCUUUUCCAACUGAAGAAAUAUCUUCAGAAAGUGAAGAUUUCCUUGAGGAAUCUGACCAAGACUUAAAUGACACCGUUAAACAAAAUCUUAAAAUAUCAUUCCAUGUGGAUAAAUAUGAACUCAGCGACGACGAAGAGAUGGAGGAUGUAGUAGCUGAAAUGAAACAAGAUUCUUUGCCAAAACACUCGAAUAAAAUUUCUGAGGCAACAAAGGAUAUUUCACAUUUAUACAGAGCCCCUACCAAUGAAGAAAUUCAAGGGUUAAAGGAGACUGCUGAUCUUUUUAAAUCUAAUAUAUUUAAACUUAAAAUAGACGAACUUUUGUCUGAAGUUCAAAUCGAUUAUGAGCAGGCUAAACUUUUAGAGAAUAAUCUGCAUCAAAUAAAAGAGAUUUUUGAUAGUAUACCAGACCAGCCGGGGAGUAAUGUCAUGCAAAUUAAGCAACAAUUGAAAAAGAGGCAUAAAAUAGUCAUUCCAUUUCCGGAUCCAAUACCUUCUGAUGACGUUCAAUAUAAAUUCGCUUUCAAAAAGCCCACAUCAAUACAUUUGAUAGGAAGUUAUCCAUUGAAGACUUUAACACGUGGUCCUAAAGGCUUCAAUGUCGAUAUUGUAGUCAUGAUGCCGCCGUCGAUUUUUCAAGAAAAAGAUUAUUUGAAUUAUCGGUAUUUUUAUAAAAGAGCAUAUUAUCUAGCAAUGCUUGCGGCUUCUUUACAGGAUAAAAAAUACAAGAUGACUUUCAGCGUUGAGUUUGAUACUUGUAAAGGCGAUAGAAGACGACCCAUAUUAUUAAUUAGGCCUUCUGGAAACAAUUUGAAUGAAUAUUUUUCUAAAAUUCCAUAUAUAAUCCGAGUUUUUCCUGGCAUUCCACCCGACCUGUUUCCAAUUCACCGUUUAGCCCCAUCAAAAAACAAUGUUCGCCCGCGCAUUUUCCAAGAGAGACAGAAAUUCGACAAAGAAGCAUCUGAUACGACGACGACUCUUAUUCCCACUCCACAUUACAACCUCGCAAUUUUACAAGAUAUUUUUUUUAUCUCUCAUCUUUUAUUCUUACAUCAGCAACAAAAAGCUUGUCCUGCUUUCCAUGAAGCUUGCGUAUUGGCUAAAAUAUGGCUAAAUCAACGAGGAUUUGGUACAGGGGAAGAUGGAAGUUGUGGAUUUAAUGGGUUCCUGUGGACAAUGUUGAUGGGUUAUUUGCUUCAAGGUGGUGGACCAAAGGGAAAUAAAAAAUUAGCGAAUGGAUUUAGUUCGUAUCAAUUGUUUAAGGGAACUAUGGAUUUUAUUGCAAAUCACGAUUUUGUAAAUAAUCCGAUUUUCUUAAAUAAGACUGGACUCACCGAAGAGUUUUCUGAAAAAGCAUUUACCGAAAAUUAUGACAUCGUGUUUGUCGAUAUGCAUUGCAAACUAAAUUUAUUUGGCGGGAUAUCUCGAGUACAACAUGAGGCGAAAUUGGCUAUGAAAUAUCUUAAUGAAAGCCAAGAUGACCAUUUCGAUUCGUUGUUUCUUCGUAAAGUUGAUGAUAUUAAGCUGAGAUAUGAUAAUUUAAUAAAAAUAUCCAAUAUACCGAGUAAAUAUUUCCUAUACACAGAAGCGGCAAAGCUAGACUUUCCUGAUAGAUUUAUUCAUUUUGCAAGAGUUGCUCCUGGUUUACUAAAGAAAGGGCUCACCGACAGAAUUCACUUAAUAACGGUAAACCACAAAAACCUACCGAAAUGGUCAAUAACACAACAGCCUCCAAGUUAUUCAUCGGGACCUAUACAGUUGUUCCUUGGAAUUAUUCUCAAUCAGGAACAGUCCAAUCGUGUCGUUGAUCAUGGACCAUCCCCCGAGGACGAGAUUGCUUCGACAAAAUUUAGAAAAUUAUGGGGAAGUAAAGCUGAAGUCCGUCGCUUCCAAGACGGAAGUAUUGUGGAAUCUGUUGUAUGGGAGAACGCCAAAAGUUUUGAAUCAAGAAGUUUGAUUGUUAGCCAAAUCGUGUCGUACUUACUUAAGCAUCACUUUGGGAUUAGAGAAGGGAUUUGCUAUUGGGCAGGACAAUUAAAUGCAUUCAUUAGACCAGCUGCAAAUGUACCGUCUAGUUUAUUCAAUCCUGAAAUUGCACGUCUAGGUUUUCAACCUGUAAUGGCUGCAUUUAAUUCACUUGUCAAACAGAUUAAUGGCCUUGAGGAUAUUCCAUUAGGCGUUUCGAGCAUAACAGGGGCAAGCCCCGUAUUAAGAUAUUCUUCGGUUUUCAUUCCACAGCCCGUGAAUUUACAUUCUUUGAAAGCUUUUUCAACAAAGAUCACGCCCUACGUCGAACCUAUCGAUGUUAUCUUACAAUUUGAAAGUUCCGGUAAAUGGCCAGAUGAUCUUGUCGCUAUUCAAAAAAUGAAAAUAGCUCUUUAUAUUCGUCUAGUUGAUCGUCUAAAAAAGCAAUAUCACGAUACUUUUGCAUGGGUAGUUACCGAUAAUAAAGACAGUAUUUCUGCAAAUAACAGUUAUAUGGAUGUUCUUACCGACACUGGAUAUAUUUUUCGAUGUCGAAUUCAUCACGAUCGAGAAAAGACACUUUUGGAACGUGGAAUAAAAAACAAGAAACUGAAUCAACUUCAAAUCAACGCAUACGAUAAAGCAUUGUCUUUAUAUAAUCGCCUGUUUAUAGAAAAACCAAUGCAUAAUUUUCAAAUUCAUGCGCUCUGUAGCAAAUACCCAUCUUUAUCCGUGACUAAUAGACUUUUGAAAAGAUUCUUCAGCGCGCAUCUUCUUCUCACGCACAUAGAAGAAGAAUUUAUUGAACUUUUGUGUGCGGCAGUUUAUCUGGAACCUAGUCCUUGGAAUGUUCCAUCAAAUGGAUUCGUGGGCUUUUUUAGGGUUUUAUCGUUGUUAUCUCUUUGGGAUUUCAGAAAAGAACCUCUUAUUGUUGAUUUAGGCGAGAAUAUGACUACUACGACCAAGAACGAAAUCCAAGAACAAUUUAAUAUCAUGAGACAAAAUGAUUUAGAAAUGCUAAACCAUGCGGCGAUGGUCAUUGCGACUUCAGCUAAUUCUCACUCAUCUAGUUGGUCUAUACGAAAACCAUCAAGAGUGGUGGCAUUUAGAAUACAGGAGUUAGCAAAUCUUGCAUUAAAUCACAUGGAGAAGAUUAUUGAAAAUGAUACAGAGGAAAAUCUUGAGGUGGUAUUAUUUAAAACUGAUAUGACCAUUUACGACGUUUUAAUCCAUCUUGAUCCAUCACAAUGCUCGCGUUAUCACCAAAACAUUUCACCAUAUAAACAAUAUUUGCCUGAACUUGAUCAUAUUAUUAAAAACAGCAACAAUAAGAAUAUACAACAUAAUCAUGGAGAUGAUAUUUGUUUGAUCGGAUUUGAUUCGGUGGAACGAUAUCUGCACGAAUUGCAGGAAUUAUAUUCUGAUAUCGCACUCUUUUUUCAUGACCGCUUUGGCGGCGAUUCGAUUGGUGUAUUAUGGAUCCCGCAUAAUUUUUCCCCGCGACCUUGGAAGGUCAACAUUGGUUACUCAAGCGUGCUUGCGGAAUAUAUGGAUUUUGGAGAAAAGAACGAUAACUUGUCCAAGCCCAUGUUAUCAUCAUCUUUAAGCAAUGUUUUUCCAAAUAUAUAUGCAAUUAUUGCGGAUAUGGAAAAAAUUGGUGCGGGUUUAGUUACCAACAUUGAAAUAUUACAACCAUUACUAACGAUAACUAAUAAAACUUGA